GAAUUCGGAAUGGCUUUGAAAACGAAAGGCUGGAAAAGGUUGAGUAAUUGGACUAGCCACGUCACCGUUAUUAUUCCUUAUCUUCAAUCUACUCCACAUUUCUGUCCACAUUCAUUUCCACCACUUUUAUUUUCUUAGAUUUCUCUCAUUUUGAUGGAAUUUAGACCAAAUUAAAGCAGCUUUAUUGCAGCACCAAGUUACCAGCUAGCGCAACUAAAACUGAUACAUCUGGUGCCUUCUAGAGUUGCCUUAAUCACCUGGGCUGGGCUUCCUUACUGCUUGAACAGAAAAAUAUCAUAUUACCCAUUUUGCUCUACGGGCUCAUUUGCUAAAAAUGAGAGUAACACAUGAUAAUGUUACUGAAAUGAUUAAGCUUCAUGUUCUGCUAGCUAGUUAAUUUACUUCUGUCCAUGGUUGCACUCAGUGAGUUGAAAAAGAUAUAAAGCUUAAAGUAAAAGAGUGUUUUUCUUUCCAAGGGAUAGUAUUAUAUAACAAGAUUUGAACUUCUAAUUUUACUCCAUCAUUGAGCAUGGUGAGAGUUAAUAAGGUUUGAAGCAUAUGUAAUCAACUUAAGCAAGCAGCGGCAAGAAUAAUCUGAUUUUCGAUGAUGCCUCAACGCUAGUUUGAGUUAAUGGCAGUGAGCUUGGGAUACUGCGACCUUAGUGUUCGCCUGUGUAGGUGCACAGGUACUGAAAUGAAUGACGAGGAAAAGAAACUAGCCGGAAUCUCACCUGGGCUACUCGGGAUUCCUGUUACAUGGGCAGAAUGAAGCAGAGAGGGAGCCAAUUCGAGUAGGCCCCAGGCGCUUUUGCUAUUACAAGAUAGAAGAUGUUUAUUAGCUUUAAAGAUAAUGGCUGCAAUAACAAGUUUACCGGCCCAGAAGGCCUGGUGGGUUCGCUUUGCUGGGCCUUUCUAUGCCCCUUUCAGUAUUUGCAUUCUUUUUUGUCUUUCGUUAUGUAAAAGAAAAAAAAAAUUAUUUCUUUUAUAAUGACGAAAAAGAAAAGGGCAGUUUAGCAGCGUCGGAGGGGAUGGUAUUGAUACCAGAAGCCAUUGGCUACUUAUUGCACCAAUGCUCCAAAAUUAAGGCAUUAAGACAUGGUCUCUCCCUUCAUGCCGCUGCUUUGAAGACUGGUAUGCUAUCUGACGUUGUUGUCUCCAACCAUGUUCUAAACAUGUACGCUAAGUGUGGCCAGAUCUCGUAUGCUCGACAAUUGUUUGAUGGGAUGCCUGAAAGAAACCUUGUCUCUUGGUCAGCUAUGAUCUCUGGUUAUGACCAAGUUGGAGAGCCUAUGUUGGCACUCAAUCUAUUUUCUCAAAUGCAGCUUGUGCCCAAUGAAUUCGUAUUUGGCAGCGUUGUCAGUGCCUGCGCCAGUUUUUCCGCGUUGGUUUUAGGCCGACAAAUUCAUGCUCAGUCGCUGAAAUUUGGCUGUGAAUCCAUUUCUUUUGUUUCCAAUGCACUUAUAUCAAUGUACAUGAAAUGCGGUCAGUGUAGUGAUGCCUUACUGGUCCAUGCUGGUGCAUCUGAACCGAAUGCUAUCUCUUAUAAUGCUUUGAUUGCUGGAUUUGUAGAUAACCAACAGCCUGAAGAAGGAAUUCAAGUUUUCAAACUCAUGAACCAAAAAGGUUUUCUGCCUGAUAGAUUUACCUUUGCUGGCCUGUUGGGAAUCUGCACCACUUCGGAUGAUUUCUGGAGAGGAUCGCAAUUGCAUUGCCAAAUGAUCAAGCUUGCACUUCACUCCUCAGCUUUUAUUGGCAAUGUGAUUUUAACCAUGUAUUCAAAUUUCAAUUUGAUAGGAGAAGCAGAGAAGUCUUUUAGACUAAUUAAAGAGAAAGAUCUAAUUUCAUGGAACACCUUAAUAACUGCUUGUUGUCAUUGUAAAGACCAUGAAAAGGCUUUAAGGGUUUUUAAAGAGAUGUCUAGUGAAUGUUGUGUGAGGCCUGAUGACUUUACUUUCGCAAGUGUCCUUGCUGCCUGUGCUGGGCUUGCAUCAAUACGCCAUGGAAAGCAGAUUCAUGCUCAUUUAAUCAGGACAAGACAGUAUCAAGAUGUUGGAGUUGGUAAUGCACUUGUCAACAUGUAUGCCAAAUGUGGUUCUAUUAGAAAUGCUUAUGAGAUAUUCAGCAGGAUGCUCCACCGCAAUCUUGUCUCAUGGAACACCAUAAUUGCUGGAUUUGGAAAUCAUGGGCAUGGAGCAAUGGCCCUUGAACAUUUUGAGAAGAUGAAAGCUGAGGGCAUACAGCCAGAUUCCGUUACCUUUGUUGGACUUUUGGCAGCUUGCAAUCAUGCAGGGCUGGUGGGAGAGGGCCAGUUUUACUUUAAUUCUAUGGAAGAGACUUAUGGGAUUUCCCCUGAUAUGGAACAUUUUUGUUGUCUUAUUGAUUUGUUGGGACGGGCUGGGAAACUACAAGAGGCACAAGAGCACCUGGAAAAACUUCCUUUUGGGCAUGAUCCUAUUAUUUUAGGAAGUUUGCUGUCUGCAUGUCGGCUGCAUGGAGAUGUUGUCAUCGGGGAGCACUUAGCUACACAACUUCUGAAACUUCAGCCUGUCAGUUCUUCACCAUACGUUUUAUUGUCAAACUUGUAUGCUUCAGAUGACAAGUGGGGUGGCGUUGCAGAGGCAUGGAAGAUGUUGAAAGAUAGUGGAUUGAAGAAGGAGCCUGGCCAUAGUUUGAUUGACGUAAUGGGAAUUUUUGAGAAGUUCACAAUGGGGGAUUUUUCACAUUCAAGGAUUCAAGAGAUAAAAGAGAUGCUCAGAACUUUAAAUUGGGCAGUGGGUGAAGUUUCUCUGCGUCAUCAAACCAAUCCUUUGAGUAGGUGCAGAAGAGUCAUAUUAUGUGGAUCAGCAUUGGAAUUUAUUUUGUAAAUGUGAUGCCAAUGAAUGAACACGAUUCUUCUCCAAGUUGCAGAUACCAAGACGGUCUUAUAUUGUUUAUCCAUCCAUUUUUCCUCUGCCCCCAUAGAUCUGGGAAGGGAAAAUCUGGUGGUUGAUGUGCUAGUAAUGGUGGUUCUUCCUUUCUAAAACCAGUGGAGUUGAGCAAAUUAUGCCCACUGAAUAUAUAAGCAUCAAGGGCUUGUUGGUUAACUUGUCCAUUUCUGGAUGGACGCCGUAUUUGAUCAGAGGAAAAUCAAAUUUGCAAUGAAAGAGAGAGAUCAAGGGAGUUUUUUAUAGCAGAGGUUGAUUGUGGACCAAAUUUACACAGGAUGUCACUGCUAGCAGAUUUUGCUGGAGUUUCAUCCUUCAAAACCAGAAUCAAAACAAUGGUACCUGUUUGGUGAUUCAGUAGCCCAUGAAACUGCAAAAGCUUGAAUGCCCAGUAACGAUGACGUGGAGGCUUGAGAUCCAUUAAAGACGUGGUGAACGAGUAAUUUUUACACACUUCUGGGUGUGUACAUCUAGUCAAUGAUUAAAUAACAUGUUAAGGUCGUAGGCUUCCGAAUUAAAUUUCAAUUGAUAAAAUCCUAUUGGAUAGGUUUAUAAACAGCCUGCUGUAGAUACUGUGAUGGACUUUCAGUAAUGAAUAUGUUUUGGUGAA